AUGGCCGAGCACAAAUCUCUUGGUGGCCCCUGGUCGAUACCUGAUAUCAUUUCUCUUGCCUUCAUUGGACCUAUCAUUCUUGCGGCUUUUCUCGAGUCUUUCUUGUGGGUGGCAGCUUUUUGUUAUUGCCUCGCAAAGGCAUACAUGAAGGCAGACCACUGGUCACAAAAGGUGCUGGCGGUGCUCCUGAUGGUGGCGUUUACCCUGCUCCGAGGUAUAUUCUUGCCGGUCAUGAUUGCGACGCUGCCUCUUCCACGGCAGCUCACGCAAUAUUUCCCUACUUUGAUGACAUCCAUCCUUCAGGAGUUCGCAUUCUAUUCCUUCGCGGCGAUGCUGGUGAUACCUUGGCUCUUCUGCGUCUAUCGACUAGUUGUGGUACCUCUUGGCCGGCAAAAAAGAGUCAAGUACACCCUUAAUGAGCUGACCGCCCCAAAGGUGGUUGUGGUCAUGCCCGUCUACAAGGAGCCGCCGGACUCGCUGUGGACAGCUCUGAAUUCCGUAGUUAGCUGCGACUACCCUGCUGCCUGCAUCCACGUAUUUGUCUCUUUCGAUGGCGAUGACAUUGAUGAGCUUUACCUGAAGACCAUCGAUCGCCUCGGCGUCCCUGUUACGUUAAAGGACUUUCCCAAAUCAAUUGAUGUGGCGUACAAUGGGGCACGCGUCACAGUGUCGAGGUUUCCACAUGGCGGGAAGCGACAUUGCCAAAAGGCUACUUUCCUCCUCAUCGACAAGAUCUACAAGCGGUAUCUCCAGGAGAAAGACGACCUCUUCAUCUUGUUCAUCGACUCCGACUGCAUCCUGGAUCCCGUGUGCAUUCAGAACUUUAUGUACGACAUGGAACUGAGACCUGGCAGCAAACACAAUAUGCUGGCGAUGACUGGUAUUAUCACAUCUUCCACGAAGAAGCACUCAUUCAUCACCUUGUUGCAGGACAUGGAGUACGUCCACGGCCAGCUGUUUGAAAGGUCUGUUGAAUCAGGCUGUGGCGCCGUAACAUGCCUGCCAGGGGCGUUGACUCUCCUUCGGUUUUCAGCAUUUCGAAACAUGGCACGGUUUUAUUUCUCGGACAAAGCGGAAGAAUGCGAGGAUCUAUUUGAUUACGCAAAGACACAUCUCGGCGAGGACCGAUGGCUGACACAUCUGUUCAUGCUUGGUGCCAAACAGCGGUAUCAGAUCCAACUGAGUACCAGUGCCUUUUGCAAGACCGAAGCGGUGCAAACAUUUCGGUCCCUGCUCAAGCAGCGGCGUCGGUGGUUUCUAGGGUUCAUCACCAACGAGGUUUGCAUGCUGACGGAUGGCCGCCUUUGGAGAAAGUAUCCCAUGCUCUGCUUUCUUCGAUUUGCCACUGUGAGCAUCCGGACGACGGCACUCCUCCUCUUGAUCACCAUUAUCGCGAUAUCAAGCACUUCAACGCGUGUGGAUUCAUUGCCCUGGGAGUUCAUGUGCAUCUCCUGCGGCUUGAACUGGUUGCUCAUGUUUUACUUUGCAAUCAGGCUGCACCGCUGGAAGGCUGCUCUGUAUCCGAUGAUGUUUAUGCUCAAUCCGUUCUUGAACUGGGUCUACAUGGUGUACGGUGUCUUCACAGCUGGGCAGAGAACGUGGGGCGGACCGAGAGCGGAUGCAGGAGCAGCAGAUGCAAAGGUGACACCACAGCAGGCCAUCGAACAUGCCAUUGCCACCGGAGACGACUUGAAUAUUGUUCCAGAAACCUUCAAGCCCGCCAUUGAAUUCCGACGGCGCCGUACCCGACCUUCAGCUCUCCAACCCUCGUCCAGCGUCGAGGGUCGAUUCUUUUCUGCCGAACAGGAACCAAGCCAGUUGCCGGAAAAUGAGACAGCCUCACCAACCCCGUCACGUACAAAUCUUGGCCAGCAGCAACAUCGAUACGAACAUGAGUCUCUUGACAUGAGCGAUUCAGAUAGUUUGUCCGUACACACGCCUAAAUGGAUCAACAGCUUUAGCGACGAGGAGGGAGGAAGCCGUCACAACCGAGCAGCCGACAUGGAUCGAAGACCGAGGAGCAUGGUCACCGACCCUCAGCGAUGCCCGAGAGAAGAUCGCUCGGCAACACGAAACACAAUGGCGGUCGUUCCAGGUUUGCAGGCCGAGAGGGAAGUGUACACACUCGCAGAAUCACCUGAUAUCCGGGGAACGACGAGAUAUCAGCAUGUUGACAACCGAAGUCCUUUGGGACGAAACAGUCCCAUGAUGGCCGUCGCUGCAGAGGAGGAUUUCCCUGUCCUGGGCGAAAAAGACAGUCCGAGCAUUGAGGAUAUCAGGGAAGCCAAGAGAAGGUCAUUGAAAAGGCAGCGGUUGCGGAAGAGAAGCCUGAGCCCAGGCAGGAUGGUGUAA